ACGUGGAUGCGUCGCGUGGAUGGCAACAUUUCAAAAACAAAAGCAAAAAUAAAUUUCGUUGAUAAAAAAAAUAAUCAGGAAAAAAGAAAAAAGAAAAGCGAAAACGAAAUUUUCUAGUUUUCAGCUAAAAUUUGAAAAUAUUCUGAUACCUUCAUUUCGGUUUUACAUGUAAAUGUGAAUUCCUAACAGGUUGGAUGAAAAUAUUCCUCCAUCUUGACAUUUCACUCGAAUGAUUCAACUGGAUCCAAUUUCCGUACACAAUGCCGGUUGACAUAAUUCAACUAAGCGACGGAUGGCUCGAGUUAGAAAGCGAUCCGGGUCUAUUCACCCUACUUUUGGAAGACUUCGGAGUAAAGGGUGUUCAAGUUGAAGAGAUUUACGACUUACAAAAACCAAUCGAAAACCCAGUUUACGGUUUCAUAUUUCUGUUCCGGUGGACCGAAGAUAGACGAUCUCGUCGUAAAAUUAUCGACAAAGGAAACACCUUUGUUAAGGACGAAGAUGUGGUUAAUAACUUAUUUUUCGCCGAACAAAAAGUUCCUAAUAGUUGCGCUACGCACGCUUUGCUCUCAGUAUUACUGAAUUGUCCAAAAAUUCAAUUGGGUGAGACGUUGAAUCGCUUAAAAACUCAUACCGUUGGUAUGAAUCCGGAAAACAAAGGUUGGGCUAUCGGUAACACUCCAGAGCUAGCCAAAGCUCAUAAUUUGCACGCUACACCGCAAGCACGACACAAAAUGGAUAAAUCUACCGGUAUCAGUACUGGAAAAUUCGUCGGCGAUGCGUACCACUUCGUUAGUUAUGUUCCUAUAAACGGUCAAUUAUUCGAACUGGAUGGUUUAAAGCCAUACCCAAUCGAUCACGGUCCUUGGAAAGAAUACGAAGACUGGACGGAUAAAUUCAAACGAGUAAUCAAAGAUAGACUCGGCGUGACCGCCGACGAAGCAAAUAACGACAUACGUUACAAUCUCAUGGCCGUCGUACCCGAUAGACGAUUAGCUUUAACGCAUAAAAUCAACAUGCUACGUACCAAUCGGCAAAUCGUACUCGAGGCUCAUCAGCAACUCCAACAACUCAACACCACAUGCGCCUUAUCGCCUACUACCUCAAAACAAGAUUCGCAAAUUUCUCCCGGUGGUUCGAAACGGCCUCUUUUAUCGCCUCAAAAAGCGAAAUCCGAAUCAGAAACUCAUACCGCUAAUAAACUUCUGAAAACAUCCGGUAAACUAGGUAAACCUGCUGUUAAACCGGAACUUGUUUGCGAUAAGUCUAAAGAUUCCUCAUCGGAGGGCGAUCAGUCUUCUAAAAUCUCGGUAGUCGUGACCGGACCGGAUAACGCCGAUAAGAAGGUUGAAUUUCCCGAAAAGAAGCCGGAUUACUCGACUCCGCUGACAAUCCAAACCUCGCCUGCUCCCAGCUCUUCCAGUACCGAUACCUCUUCGGAAGUCGGUUCGGCUUUCAAUUCACCAGGUCAAAAUAGUCCUUGUACGAAGGAUUUCAAUAAGUUUGUCGUCAUCAGAGUGGCCAUGGGCGAUGUUGGUGAAAGUGGCUCGAAAUCCAAGGAGUCAGCUGUGAGGAAAGUUUGUCUCGAAGCCGGAGCUCUUCCGGCCGGAUGGGAAAAACCGUCUAGUCUUCGUGUACCGGGUGGAAUGCGUAUGAGUCCUCUGGCAGCCGAAAAAAAGCCCGAAGAGCAAUCGAUGACCGGAGAGAAAACGGUUGAACCGGCUCAUCAUACUUUUGCUCCCAAAGAUUUACUCGCUUUGGUGAAAAAUCUGGAGGCUGAAAUUAGCGUAUGCGAAGCUCAAUUACGCGACGAACACGAGAAACGUAAACAAUAUAAAAUCGACGACAGUCGUCGAAUUCACAACUACGACCAAUUCAUUCGUACGUUCCUUUCGAUGUUAGCGCAGACUGGUAAAUUAGCUGAUCAUUUGGUCCAGCAACACUUGACGUCGGUACAGCGCAAGCAACUGAAUCCAGUCGGUAGUUCGAUUCUUGCUCCUUUGAGUAAAAAACAAAUCACCACGACCAAAAAGAAACGAGGCAGGACAAAAGGGCAUACAAAAAAAUGACCUUUUAGCGGUAUAUUUAGGCUGUAGGAAUACUCCGCGACGUAUUUCGUGAAUCCAAAGUGAAAACUAUGUACUGAUUGCCGGUGUUUCGUGAUGGAAAGGAAAAUUACGCUUGAAAUUAAUUGUUAUUUCGAUGCCUUAGUUGUACGAAUAAAAAUGCAAACCUGAGGCGUACCAGGUGUUUAGAUUUGACUAUAAAUCAAUCGAUAUGUGUGACGAUUUAGAUUUUUAAUUUUCUCAAAUUGUGAUCCAAGGUGUGUAUGAAGCACCCUAAAAUUUGUUUUUUAUUUUAUAAUUUGUUUUAUAUUAUGAUAGUAUUGUAGAAAACUAUUUUUAAUGAUGUACCUAUUUUUUUUUUUGUAAUGCAGUUUUUUCGCACUUCAUUCGUUUUUCUCUUAUGUAGUUACGAGUAUAAAAUAAAUAAUUAGUCUUGUUUGUAUUA